AUUGAGUAGCAGCAGGUAGCUGCCAACUUACCUUUUCCGGCCAGAGGAAGAAAGAGAGGGAGGGAAAGGAACAAAGAAAAAGGGUAUUAUUUUAAGGGGGUGGAAAUGGGGAGAGGGAGGGUAGAGCUGAAGAGGAUAGAGAACAAGAUAAACCGACAGGUCACAUUUGCCAAGAGAAGGAAUGGGCUGCUGAAGAAAGCCUACGAGCUCUCAGUUCUGUGCGACGCAGAGGUUGCCCUCAUCCUUUUCUCCAACCGUGGGAAGCUCUAUGAGUUCUGCAGCUCCUCCUAUAAUCAAGACGAUAGAGAAGUACCAAAGGUAUACCUAUGGGCAGCUAGAGUCAGACCCCUCUUCCAAUGACAGUCAGAACACCUACCAGGAAUACUUGCAGCUAAAAGCAAAUGUGGAGUCUCUCCAACGCUCGCAGAGGCAUCUUCUUGGGGAAGAGUUGGUCAACUUAGGAACCAACGAGCUGGAGCAAUUGGAGAAUCAGCUUGAUGGGGCUCUGGAGCAGAUUAGACUCACCAAGAAUCAAUUUAUUGCAAAUCGACUCUUGGAGCUUAAAAGGAAGGAAGAAAUGCUCGAGGAAACAAACAACGCAUUGCGGAUUAAGUUGGAGGAGACAGACGCGGUGCUAAGAUCUUCAUCCUGGGAAGUUGGGGAGCAAUCUGGUGUGCCGCCUCACCAACAGCGGGAAACAAUGGACUCGCACUGCAGGAACAACCCUUUGCAGAUGAGCUGUGGCCCAAUGGAGAUAGAUGACAGACCGCGGUCAGCUGUGGCGUCAGCUUCCGGAAAUGUGAAUGGCCUUCUGAAUGGCCCAGGCUGGAUGGCUUAGCUGCUUUCUGGCCGGGAAUAUUAAGAUAAAGAAGCUACUUGAAUAUAUCAUGUGUACGUAUAGUACACAGUAGCUUGUAUUCACGGGGGCAGCUUGAUUAGCUGCUGCUUGUAAUCAAAUUCAGCCAAUAACAUUUGAAUGGCUGAUCCGCUUUCCUGGACCAUGUGGCCUUGCUGUGUCUAUAUGCAUAAUGUUGCUACAAAUUAUAAACCUCUGCUCGAGAGCUAAAAUGUAAUUGAACCGUUUUAGCCUAAUGGUCAAUGAGAGUGCAGGGUU